UCUUUUUUGAUUGAUUAAACACAGAUGUGAACCUUAGCAGUGCUAUCAGCUGUUCGUUGAGUAAAAGAAUGCCAACCGAUACUUAAAUAAAAGAAAAGGUACCACCAUAAGUAAAAGAUAACUAAAGCACCAAUAUGAAAGUGUUUACUGUACCACUAGUAACAAACAAAUAAAUUGAUAGAAAAAAAUCAAAAGGCAGGAGCAAAUUAAAUAUUUAAAAGAAUGUAGUUAUAAUUCAACAAACCAUGAAAAAAACAAUUCCUUUAGUUACCAUUGUAAAUGCGGGCCAUCACAGUUACGAGUCGGGAUUAAAGCUGCAAAAGCAACUGAGUAAUCAGAAAGCUGAAAAUUGGGCCAAUUUCCGUAAUUAUCUAAUUUUACAGCAACAUGAUCCAGUGUAUACCAUAGGUAUACGAACGAAGAAUUAUUCGGAUGCAGAUGAACAACGUUUACGUAAAUUGGGAGCUGAAUUUUAUCGUACAAAUCGUGGCGGAUUGAUAACCUUUCAUGGACCAGGUCAAUUAGUUGCAUAUCCCAUAUUACAUUUGCAUCAAUUCCAACCGAAAAUGAGAUGGUAUGUUGCUACAUUGGAGAUGACAGUUAUUGAAACUUGUCGCAAAAUGGGUAUACCACAAGCUACUACUACAUCAGAUACUGGCAUAUGGGUAGGAAAUAACAAGAUUUGUGCAAUUGGUGUACAUGGCUCUAGAUAUGUUACAACACACGGCAUUGGUCUUAAUUGUUGUACCGAUUUACGUUGGUUCGAACACAUUGUUCCAUGUGGUAUUGAGGGAAAAGGUGUUACCUCAUUGAGUCAUGAGCUACAACGCAAUGUAUGUGUAGAAGAAGCAGCGAAAGUCUUUGUACGAUGCUUUGUCGAACAUUUUAAAUGCCAAAUACAAGAUAAUUUGUAAUAAUUUUAUACAUAUUUUUCAUAUUAGUAAUACAUUUAUAAUUCAUAUGCUAAGCUUAACAAUUACAAUUGGACCAUAGUUACACAAUCUGUCUUUUUAGUCUAAGCGAAGUAAUAAUUUUAUAUAAUACUGGUCUGAAAAUUUAACUAAAUACAGAACCAUUGUCAUACAAAUCUACUUACGUGAUUACAACUUUCAAGUAGAUAUUACAGACAUAUCGGCGAAUAAAAAAUUUCAAAAGAAUCUUAUU